AUGGUGCGGGUGGACUUUUCCCAGCUGGUAGAACUGCAAUCACUACCUGAGCGAAUACGCAACAUCUGCAUUCUGGCGCAUGUAGAUCAUGGGAAGACGACAUUAGCUGAUUCGCUCAUUGCCAGUAAUGGAAUCAUCUCGCAGCGCUUGGCCGGGAAGCUGCGUUACAUGGACAGCAGGCCAGAUGAACAAGAACGACAGAUCACGAUGAAAAGCAGUAGCAUAGCUUUGUACUACGAGGGACAUUUGGUAAACCUGAUUGAUUCCCCAGGGCAUGUGGACUUUAGUAGUGAAGUAUCCACAGCAGUGAGGCUUUGCGACGGAGCGAUCGUUGUGGUAGACGUCGUAGAGGGAGUGUGUCCCCAGACAAGGAUUUGCCUGAAGCAGGCCUACAGUGAGAAUUUGAGGACUGUUCUGUUACUUAACAAAGUGGAUCGGUUGGUGUUGGAGAAAAAGAUGGAUCCAGUGGAAGCGUACAGGCACUUGACACGGGUUCUGGAGCAGGUCAAUGCUGUGGUUGGUAAUAUAUUUGCGUCCGAUGUGCUAGCAAAGGAAGAUCUGAGUGCUAAUCACCAGAUAUCGGCUCUAGAAGAUACAGACGAUUCGAGGAUCUAUUACACACCCUCGAAUGGAAAUGUUCUCUUCGGUUCAGCGUUAGAUGGCUGGGGAUUCACGCUAAGGGCAUUCGCUAAACUGUAUCAAGAGAAGUUGGGAGUUCCGUUGGCGCAACUCGAAGAAGCAAUGUGGGGUGAUUAUUUCUACAGUCCCAAAAAGAAAAGCAUCGAAAAGGGCGCACUAGAAAAAGGACGAAAACCGUUAUUUGUUCAACUCGUUUUGGAUAAUUUGUGGAACAUCUAUGACUUGAUUGAUCACCGAGAUUUGGAUAAGCUAAAAGCGAUAUCUGAGAAACUUGGAAUAGCACAAACC